AUGCAAACUAGUGCAUCACUACGAUCGGGAAACCUUGCCUGCUUGGCCGGCGCGAAUGGCUUGGAGCGGCUAGAGCUCUCGUUCUAUGGCAAGGACUACGACAGUCCGUUGCGCGAAAUCCAGGUGCCAACCUUUCCGAGGCUGAAGCACCUGAGUGUUGACGCACCCCGCGUGUCCGCUCCACCGCUCUUCACCUUGCUAUGGUCAUGCAGAGCCACUCUAGAUAGUCUAUGGCUCUGCUUCCGCAAGUUGACCUCCGUCGAUGACGCCGCCGCGCCGAGUAUGACCGUUUUGCGUAGUCUGAGGCUGGAAGAACACGCUCAUUGCGUCCUUCCACUUAUUGACACCCCUGCGUUGGAAGACAUCUACGUUGGCAAUGUCUUGCGCAGAAACCCUUUUGCAUCGCUGGUCGCAAGCGAAGCCACCGCACGGAUCCAGCGUCUUGCCCUCUUCAACUUCUCUGUGUACGGCCCCGACGAGCCAUCCGUUUGGGCGUCUCUCGAGCAUAUGCAAUGCUUAGAAGCGCUGGAACUUGACACUUUGUGGCAAGUGUCAUUCAGCGAGCAACUCAUCGCUCGCCUGACUUGCGCGGAGGACCGUACGCCGCUGCUGCGACGGAUGACGGCAUUGUGUCUCCAGACCGAGCUCUACGUUGAGCUUACUCUCGAAAUCCGUGCCAUGGUCGCUUCGAGACGGAAUGCCCGCCACGGGCACGUCGAGGAUCGCCACUUCGCUCGCUCGCAUCCAGCUGCAAAGAGACAACUCCCGUCCCACGCAGAAGCCCAAGGCACAGCGAGUACGUCAACCCCUCUUUCUCGCGCUGCCUCCGAGAUUGACGAUGAUGACUUGUACCCGCGAGCUCUGCUCGAGACCAACUGA